AUAUUAUUUAAGAAUCAUAUUAACAUGUAGUGCUGAUUCAUUUUGAUCAAAAAGUUUUCACCCCAAACAGCUCUGUCUCAUGGUUUUGAAGUGCAUGUGCUGAACGUACACUGCAUUUGACAUUUCAAAAUCAGCUGUUGAGUGCUUGUAAAAUUUAUUUGUUUGCUUGCCGGUGCUCCAAAAAACAUUUUAUUACAUAUUUUUCAUUAAAACUGCUAUCGUAAUAAUAAUACAUAAUAAAAUGACUAGAGAUGAAACAAUGUCUGAUAACGAGCAAGUUCAGCCAAGUAAUGUGGAAGCUGCGCAAAAUCGAUUACAACAAUUCUGCUUGUUGGCAAAGACGGCCCAUGGCCAGGCGAUUUUGGAGUUGGUAAAGCAGGUCUUAGAAGCACCAGGGAUUUAUGUAUUUGCAGAACUUUUAGGAAUGCCAAACGUCGCAGAGCUUAAAACUGGUUUAAACGCUAAGUACUAUAAAACAUUGGAAUUGUUUGCUUAUGGCACUUAUAAAGAAUACAAACAGAAACAGGAAGAUUAUAUAGACCUAACACCAGUGAUGUUGAAAAAAUUACAGCAGCUAACUAUUGUGUCGAUGGCUGUUAAGAGAAAAUGCAUAAAAUACGAUUUAUUAAUGGAGGAAUUGGAAAUUACUGUCGUGCGCCAAUUGGAAGAUAUAAUUAUUGAAGCAAUUUAUGCUGGUAAGUGCGUAUAUUAGUCUUUAUAAAUCACAAGAAUUUUGUUG